AUAAUAAUAAUAAUAUAAUUUAGCCAGAAAAAGAAAAAGAAAAAAAAAGAACUCCAGGCUCUAGCCUCUCUCUCGCACGCGAACAGACGGGUAGGGGAGCUUCUCAGCCGUCGUGCAGCGCUGCCGUCGCCCACCCCCGCGCCACCUCCUUCCGUCGUCUGCGGUCCGCGCCAGUGCACGCGGUCCAGCCGUCGAUCGCGUCCCGUCGUUGCUGGAGUACCUCGACCCCCGCUGCUUACACCGUCGCUGCUGCUAGUUGAUGGGUCAAUCUUUUUUGUUUCUUCAAUGGAGCCGUGAUCAUAAAUUGACUUUUAUCACAGAUUGAUUAUAUGUACAGUUCGGCUUCUAUGUUUUUUUCAUCUCUGCACAGAGCAAGCACUGCAACAAACAUGCAUUUCUUCCAAAGGAGCUUUGCCACUGCUGCAUCCCAUAUUGUUCCCAUGCAACUGCCAUCUAAAAUGGUGGUAUAUUUCAAUGAUCUGUGGCCGCUGUUGUACAGUGCAAGCACCGUCUGGUGGUUCGGUGGAUCCUGUGGCUUACAAAAAUUUUCAGUAUUUCAGAUUGGCUCCUACUCCAAAUUUUUAUUUUCAAAUACUUUCUUGCUUUGUAGGGAAACCCAUAUCUGGUAUAUCUUACCUGAUGAAGUAAAGAGUAUACAUCUUCAGAAUCAUUAUUUAAAUCUAUUAUCACCAAAUGAAAAGGAGAAUGUUCUGAAAAUACAAGAAGGGGAGGUUCAAAAAAGAGCCUUGCUAGCUCGUGCUUUGGUAAGAUCUACCAUUUCAAGAUAUUUGACACAAUGUCAAAUUGAUCCACAAGCGUUGAAGUUUAAAAAGAAUAUGUUUGGGAAGCCUGAGUUAGAUUUGCAAAACAGCAGUGAACUAUGUCUGCCACCAUUGCAAUUCAACAUCUCACAUUCUUCAUCCUUGAUAGCAUGUGGAGUGACUCUGCAUUCUCCAAUUGGUAUAGAUGUGGAAGAGAAGACACGAAAGAUAAAGAACAACAUCAUAGCUUUUGCUAAACGUUUCUUUUCUCCAAAUGAAAUAGAAGUUUUAUCUGCUAUUUCAGAUCCUGAAAGACAGCGGCAGGAAUUCAUAAAAUUAUGGACUCUGAAGGAGGCAUAUGUUAAAGCAUUGGGUAGGGGCUUCUCGGCUGUCCCAUUCAACACUUUCACUAUUCGGUUUGAUAAAACUGCCACUGGUUCACGUCUUCCUGGGUGUAAAACUUAUGAGGCUUGUGAAAUAAGCGUAGAGUCUUGCAAUGAUCCGGAGAAUUGCUCGAGCAAUGUGACUUUUGCGCUGAUGGAGCUGUCUGGUUCUCAUUAUGCUGCUGUUUGCAUGGAAAAAGACACAAGCUUUAAAGGAGCAGGGAGUCUUCCCAUGAAGUUGAAUGUGUGGAGAACAAUUCCGUACGUCGAAGAUGAAUGUGUUUCUGGAACUGAGGCUGCUCUACCUAUCAAUGGCUUCGCUCAAGCAAAUGUGAAGUUUCCCCAGACGUAAAAUAUACAAAUUUUUGUGUUCUAUUAAACGCUUUCAAAAUAUUUAAUGUAACAAUCCGACUCUCUAACAUAGAGGGCGUUACUAUAUGCAUGCAUAACUUGAAAAUAGGUCUUUUAUAAAUUUGGGUGAAAGAAUCAAAAUUGACUUUAUUAAACAAA